AAUGGAUAGUAAGGUUCCAACUAUCAGCUCACACACCGCUGGCGGACACCCCAGUAACAAGUGAGAGCGCUCUGCCCGGCACUCCACCGCCUCUGCCCCCUACCCGGUUCCCCAGCUCUGAGAAGCCAAACCGACAGCAUCACGGGCGCGGAUUUUUCUCUCCAACUUUAUCCAACCGACUACAAGGAAGCAGCCUCAACCAUCUAACGCAUGGCCAGCCACAGGAUUGCUUUGCGUCUCCUCUUUAGCCCUUCUGGAUAUUCUGUUCAUUGAUGCCUCACAAGCCCCACGGAGAGCUGUCUCCCCUUUGCUUGCUCCCUCUGCUUCCUUGAGUUAGUUCUCCAAGGUGUUACCGGGGUUCGGGAGCUCUUGGACCGAAUGGAACUUUUCGUUGCGUCUUCCUGCUGCUGAUUGUGUCCCUGGACAAGAAAAAAAGGCUUCGCAGGCAGAAGAGGCGCAGGGGAGGUGGAGAAAGAGGUGGAGGAAGAGGACGAGGAGGAAGAGGAGGAGGAAGCCUAGGGGGCUCGGCGCGGGUGUGUGCAUGUGUGCAUGCGUGUGUGAGUGCAUGUGUGUGAGUGCCACCGCUGCCCAGGACCCCCGGCCCCGAAGGUGUUGGCUGAAAUAUGGAGAAUAGUCUUGGAUGUGUUUGGGUACCCAAGCUGGCUUUUGUACUCUUCGGAGCUUCCUUGCUCAGCGCACAUCUUCAAGUCACGGGUUUCCAAAUUAAACCUUUCACGUCACUUCAUUUUGUGUCUGAACCUUCGGAUGCUGUCACCAUGCGGGGAGGAAAUGUCCUGCUCAACUGCUCUGCAGAGUCCGACCGAGGAGUUCCAGUCAUCAAGUGGAAGAAAGACGGCCUUAUCCUAGCCUUGGGCAUGGAUGACAGAAAGCAGCAACUUCCUAAUGGAUCUCUGUUGAUACAAAACAUACUUCAUUCCAGACACCAUAAGCCGGAUGAAGGACUUUACCAAUGCGAGGCAUCCUUAGCAGAUUCUGGCUCAAUUAUUAGUCGGACAGCAAAAGUUACGGUAGCAGGGCCAUUGAGGUUCCUUUCCCAGACGGAAUCUAUCACAGCCUUCAUGGGAGAUACAGUGUUACUUAAGUGUGAAGUCAUUGGGGAACCCAUGCCAACAAUACACUGGCAGAAAAAUCAACAAGACCUCAACCCACUCCCAGGAGACUCGCGUGUGGUCGUCUUGCCCUCCGGAGCAUUGCAGAUUAGCCGACUUCAGCCAGGAGACAGUGGAGUCUACAGAUGCUCGGCUCGGAAUCCAGCCAGCAUAAGAACAGGAAAUGAAGCAGAAGUUAGAAUUUUAUCAGACCCAGGCCUGCAUAGGCAGCUAUAUUUUCUGCAGAGACCAUCCAACGUAAUAGCCAUUGAAGGGAAAGAUGCUGUCCUGGAGUGCUGUGUUUCUGGCUAUCCUCCGCCAAGUUUCACCUGGUUACGAGGCGAGGAGGUCAUCCAACUCAGGUCUAAAAAGUAUUCAUUGUUGGGUGGAAGCAAUUUGCUCAUCUCUAAUGUGACAGAUGAUGACAGUGGAACCUAUACUUGCGUUGUCACCUAUAAGAAUGAGAAUAUUAGUGCCUCUGCAGAGCUCACGGUCUUGGUUCCGCCCUGGUUUUUAAAUCACCCUUCCAACCUCUAUGCCUAUGAGAGCAUGGAUAUUGAGUUUGAAUGUGCAGUUUCUGGGAAGCCUGUGCCCACUGUGAAUUGGAUGAAGAAUGGAGAUGUGGUGAUCCCGAGUGACUAUUUUCAGAUAGUGGGAGGAAGCAACUUACGGAUCCUUGGGGUGGUCAAGUCAGAUGAAGGCUUCUAUCAAUGUGUGGCUGAAAAUGAGGCUGGCAAUGCCCAAAGUAGUGCCCAGCUGAUUGUCCCCAAGCCUGCCAUCCCAAGCUCCAGCAUCCUCCCUUCUGCUCCCAGAGAUGUGCUCCCUGUCUUGGUUUCUAGUCGCUUUGUCCGUUUGAGCUGGCGUCCACCUGCAGAAGCAAAAGGGAACAUUCAAACCUUCACAGUCUUUUUCUCCAGAGAGGGUGACAACAGGGAGCGAGCUUUGAAUACAACCCAGCCUGGGUCCCUUCAGCUUACUGUGGGAAACUUGAAACCAGAAGCCAUGUACACCUUCAGAGUUGUCGCCUACAAUGAGUGGGGACCAGGGGAGAGUUCUCAGCCCAUCAAGGUGGCCACUCAGCCUGAGUUGCAAGUUCCAGGGCCAGUAGAAAACCUGCAUGCUGUAUCUACCUCACCUACCUCAAUUCUUAUUACAUGGGAACCCCCUGCCUAUGCAAAUGGCCCAGUCCAAGGUUACAGAUUGUUCUGCACUGAGGUGUCUACAGGAAAAGAACAGAAUAUAGAGGUUGAUGGACUAUCUUAUAAACUGGAAGGCCUGAAAAAAUUCACGGAAUAUACUCUUCGAUUCCUAGCUUAUAAUCGUUAUGGGCCAGGAGUAUCUACUGAUGAUAUAACAGUUGUUACACUUUCAGACGUGCCAAGUGCUCCACCUCAGAACAUCUCACUGGAAGUGGUUAACUCAAGGAGUAUCAAAGUAAGCUGGCUCCCUCCUCCAUCGGGAACACAAAAUGGAUUUAUUACUGGCUAUAAAAUUCGACACAGAAAGACUACCCGCAGGGGCGAGAUGGAAACACUGGAACCGAAUAACCUCUGGUACCUCUUCACAGGAUUGGAGAAAGGCAGUCAGUACAGUUUCCAAGUGUCGGCCAUGACAGUCAAUGGUACUGGACCACCUUCCAACUGGUACACAGCGGAGACCCCAGAGAAUGAUUUAGAUGAGUCUCAAGUCCCUGACCAGCCGAGUUCUCUUCACGUGAGGCCCCAGACAAACUGUAUCAUCAUGAGUUGGACACCUCCUCUCAACCCAAACAUCGUGGUGAGAGGCUAUAUUAUUGGCUAUGGUGUUGGCAGUCCUUAUGCUGAAACAGUGCGUGUGGACAGUAAGCAGCGGUACUAUUCCAUCGAGAGACUAGAGUCGAGUUCUCAUUAUGUAAUCUCCUUAAAAGCUUUCAACAAUGCCGGAGAAGGUGUCCCUCUCUACGAAAGUGCCACCACUCGUUCCAUAACAGAUCCCACUGACCCCGUUGAUUAUUAUCCUUUGCUUGAUGAUUUCCCCACCUCGGGCCCAGAUGUCUCCACCCCCAUGCUCCCACCAGUAGGUGUACAGGCUGUGGCUCUUACCCAUGAGGCUGUGAGGGUCAGCUGGGCAGACAACUCUGUCCCGAAGAACCAGAAAACAUCCGAUGUGCGACUGUACACCGUUCGGUGGAGGACCAGCUUUUCUGCCAGUGCCAAGUACAAGUCAGAAGACACAACAUCUCUCAGUUACACAGCGACUGGCCUCAAGCCCAAUACCAUGUACGAGUUCUCAGUCAUGGUGACCAAGAACAGAAGGUCAAGCACGUGGAGCAUGACUGCACACGCCACCACCUACGAAGCUGCCCCAACUUCUGCUCCCAAGGAUCUGACAGUCAUUACUCGAGAGGGGAAGCCUCGUGCUGUCAUUGUGAGCUGGCAGCCUCCCUUGGAAGCCAAUGGGAAAAUCACUGCUUAUAUCUUGUUUUAUACAUUGGACAAGAAUAUACCAAUAGAUGAUUGGAUUAUGGAAACUAUCAGCGGUGACCGGCUUACCCAUCAGAUCAUGGAUCUCAGCCUUGACACGAUGUAUUACUUUCGAAUUCAAGCACGGAAUGUGAAAGGAGUAGGGCCCCUCUCUGAUCCCAUCCUCUUCAGGACUUUGAAAGUGGAACACCCUGACAAAAUGGCUAAUGACCAAGGUCGUCAUGGAGAUGGGGGUUAUUGGCCAGUUGAUACUAACUUGAUUGAUAGAAGCACUCUCAACGAACCACCCAUUGGACAGAUGCACCCCCCGCAUGGCAGUGUCACUCCUCAGAAGAACAGCAACCUGCUUGUAAUAACCGUGGUCACCGUUGGUGUUCUCACUGUGUUGGUCGUGGUGAUUGUAGCAGUGAUUUGCACCCGGCGUUCUUCAGCGCAGCAGAGGAAGAAACGGGCCACACACAGUGUGAGCAAGAGGAAGGGCAGUCAGAAGGACCUCCGGCCUCCCGAUCUUUGGAUACAUCAUGAAGAAAUGGAAAUGAAAAAUAUCGAGAAGCCUACGGGAACCGACCCUGCAGGAAGAGACUCCCCCAUCCAGAGCUGCCAAGAUCUCACACCAGUCAGCCAUAGCCAGUCAGAAACCCAGAUGGGAAGCAAAAGUGCCUCUCAUUCAGGUCAGGACACUGAGGACGCAGGCAGCUCCAUGUCCACUUUGGAACGGUCCCUGGCAGCACGCCGGGCCACCAGGGCCAAGCUCAUGAUUCCCAUGGAGGCCCAGUCCAGUAAUCCUGCUGUUGUGAGUGCCAUCCCUGUACCAACACUAGAAAGUGCCCAGUAUCCAGGAAUCCUCCCAUCUCCCACAUGUGGAUACCCGCAUCCACAGUUCACUCUCCGGCCAGUACCAUUCCCAACGCUGUCUGUGGACCGAGGUUUUGGAGCAGGAAGAACUCAGUCUGUGAGUGAAGGACCAACCACGCAACAGCAACCCAUGCUGCCCCCAGCUCAGCCCGAACAUCCGAGCAGUGAAGAAGCACCCAGUAGAACCAUCCCCACAGCCUGUGUGCGGCCAACUCAUCCACUCCGCAGCUUUGCUAACCCAUUACUACCUCCACCCAUGAGUGCAAUAGAACCAAAAGUCCCUUACACACCGCUUUUGUCUCAGCCAGGACCCACCCUUCCCAAGACUCAUGUUAAAACGGCCUCCCUUGGGCUGGCCGGAAAGGCAAGGUCCCCUUUGCUUCCCGUGUCUGUGCCAACAGCCCCUGAAGUGUCUGAGGAGAGCCACAAGCCCACAGAGGAUCCAGCCAGUGUAUAUGAACAGGAUGACUUGAGCGAACAAAUGGCAAGUUUGGAAGGGCUAAUGAAGCAACUCAACGCCAUCACAGGGUCUGCCUUUUGACACUCAUUGCCAAAACGUUGAGAUCUUCUGGGAACUUUACAGCAUACCAAUUAUCCAUAAACAGCACACCUGUGUCCAAAAACUCUUACCAGUGUACAGGUCAACCAUCUGGACCAUUCGGUUAAGGAACAUCUGAAGCACUUCAGAAGAAAACAGUAUCCCAUCCUAUAUGGACAUCAGGAGUAUACGAUGAUGGUCAUGAGGUCCCGAAGAUGCAUCUUCACUGCAAAGUCAAGGCUGAAGCUGCUAGCAUAGUUCUGGGUCUUUGUCACUGCAGGGACCAUGGUGUCAUAACUAAUGCCUACAUUUUCCUUCAGUGAGACCUUUCAUUUUCUGUGUAGGUCUAGUCUCACAAGUGCAUUAUUUCAGCCUGUACCAUGCCAUAACAAAUCAAUACAAACUCACUAUUUUUUUCAGCUACAGAGCAUCCAUGGUAACUCUCUCACUCCAUAGCACCAAAGGAUUGGAUAUUUUCCUGACAGCAUAAAAGAAAAUAAGUGAAUAAGCAAAAGGCAGUGAAUGCUUGUUUAUAGCUCAAUCAUUCCAUCUCACAAAAGUGGCUGAUGUUAGUGAGUGGGUAUAAACUUUUUACCAAUUUUAGCAAGUAUUUGUAAAUCCAUCCUUGAUUAACGUUUAUGUCUAGCAAGUAGAAACUUAAAAAUCCUCAACUGGUGGCAUCCUGCCAGCAACAACACCUUUCUAGAAGGAGAAUACAAUAUGCAAUCUUCUCAGACACGUGGUGAUUGUGUACUUGAGCUUGUCAUAGGACAUUUUUCGAUUUCAGUGGCUUCUAUGCCACUCCACACUGUGAUGGCCUGUCUGGGUUUCACUAAGGCUUCUUCUUCAGGAGUUUGGCCAGAAAAACUCCACCAUCCUCCAUCCCCAACCAUUCCCCUACUUCUCCUGGGCAAGUAGCCUUAGCUAAAAUGGCCAACUCCAUGCGUCAUAUAUCCUGUGUCCCCAAUAUCCCUCUGUGGAGAUAGUAGACUUCCUGAGAGCGAGCUCAAGAAAGAAAAGGAGCAUGAAAAACCAUAUCCCAGGGUACCUUUUCAUGAGUUGAUGUCCCUUCCACCAAUAGCAUCUUCAUUGAGCGAGCUGUGCCAGGCAACAUUGACAGAUGUUGACCACAGGUUUCUGUUGGCAAGGCAACCUUCCAUCCCAUGCCUAAGACAGUCAGGGAGGAGAGAGGGAUGGGUGCCACUUCACAUCUGCACAUCAUAACUCCUGUAGGUAUUUUUCCAUGCAGCAUCUAAACUGUGGACUAGAAUUUUAAACUUCUAUCGCCAUGUAUCUACGGCUUGAAACCAGCUGAAUAUAAGAACAUUCUGUGCAUUCCCUUUUAGCCCAUGAACUUUCAGCGGUAUGUGGAGUUAAUCCCUAUUUAUGCAGCUGAGUCGCCAAGAGGGAACUAGUUUGCAUAUUUAUCAGUUAGGUGACUUGAAAACUUGAUGAGAGUUUCAGCUGAAUUAUUCCUUUCAGCUCUGCCUUUGAUUUCAAGCUUGAGUAGGUCAUAAUUUUAAGAGAGCAUGGCAAGGAUAGGAUCUUUACAACCUAAUAGCUCCUUUUAUUAGGUGGGUAAUUAUAUAUGAAUCCCUGAAUGAAAUAUUUUGAGCAAAAUGGCACUGUAACAGAAAUAAUAAUUCAGAUUAUUUUUUUACAGUUUUAUGUCGGGAAGGAAAUCUGAUGUCAAAGAGAGGGCUUGUUCAAAUGGUUCAUUAGAAAGUCUGGUCCAUUUGCAAAACGUUUCCUUCAACAAGAGUGCUUGUUCAAUUUACUGAGAUUUUUUUUUUUUUCUGGAAGUACUUUCGAGGAACUAUGUGAUGUUAUUCAAUGGGACAGAAUGCUUUUGUUCAAUAUUUGGGCACUGAGGUAGACAGCAGUUGACUGACCUGAAAUAAAGCAUUUCUUAUCAUAGCAAUGAAUAUUUUAAAAAUAAUCCACUACUUCGAACUGGAAAAAUGUUUACUGAACUACCAUAACUUCCUCCACUCCCCAGAGUGUAUUCCCCUGUCUAAUAAUAAAAAGAAAGGAGAGCCACUUUUUAGAGGCAUUUGAUAUCAAUGAGAGUCACCUCAAAUUUCAGGUUGGGGUUUGCUACAAACCUCAAAUUUCAAAUUCCAUGGAAUAAGUUAUAAUGAAAGGUGUUCUGUAACAUCUAGUUGUAAAGUUAAGACAACCAGAAUUUUUAUAAAACUCGAGGUUUUUCAAACUUUCAAUGAUUUCAGGGAGUGUAAUCUUUAAAAGUUGGAUGUAUGCUUUCCAUUUUUAGUCAGAGUUAUAUUUCCUCCACAACUCUUGAAAAAUUCAGUAAACAAAUAAUUUAUUUUAGCAAUUGGUGACUCUUAAUAAGUCGUAUUGUCAUGCCUUGAAUAUACAUUGGAACCAUGAGACUGGUUUCAUUAACUCAGUGAUUGUAACAUGUAUUUAGUCCAACACGGCUUCUGCUGAGCUCUUGUUCCCAUCAUCUUUCCAGUGGCUCACGUGUACACAGUAAAAUUCCCCAGGGUUCCAGGUGGCAAGUGAAUUCCAAGGUCUAUGACGGUGUGAGGCAGCCUGAAUUUGUCUAGCUUGUGUGUCUAGCUCACUCCAUACAAGACCCUUUAAACUUAUAAAUCUCUUUGAGCCCCACAGGGCAAAGCUGAAGAGGCAGCCAGCAUCUCUGCCACCAGCAGUUAGUUCUCUGGAAAUGGGAAAAAACAUCAAACUUGGCAGGAGGACUCAGGAUUUUAUACACUAUGCUCAAAUGAAAAGCAAGAGCCUGCUUUUAAGAACUUUGCUAUAUUUUUUCUAUUUCAUUUUGAUAAGAAAGUAAUUUCCAUUCCUCCAGAAAUUUCUGCAUUUGUUUAAACUGACAAAAAUAAAGAGGGCUCACAAUAUAUUCAAAACAUUUGUAUAAUGCUUUAGUCAAAAGUUAAGUAUUUCUUAGUGCUUAUAGCUGCCUCCAUAUAAUAGACCCAUAAUCUUCUAGAAUAUUUAAGUAAUACAGCUUUAUAUUUGGCUCUUAUUAAAUACAUACUCAGUUCAACAACCCAGAAAUAAAAAAUUCAAACCAAUGCUAUAAGAAUCCGACUUACUUAGGGAUUUCUUUAAGGAACUGGACAUAGUAGUAGUAGUUUGGGUUUUUUCAAAAUGAAGAUUGCUAAGAAUGAGGCAUGUGCUCAGAAAAGGUGACAGUUACAAAAAGAGACUCCAGAUUAACGUUUUUAAGCCAAAGGGUGUCAUUCAUUGGCUUUCCCAAGAAACAACUCCCCAAGCAUGGGUCCAGAGUUUGUUCUCAGAGAUGAUUGUCGAAAGUUCCCUCUCCUUUGGAGCCUUCUCCUAACUUUUUUACUCUAGUCAAAAGUUAAGUAUUUCCUAGUGCUUACAGCUGCCUACAUAUAGUAGACCCAUAAUCUUCUAGAAUAUUUAAAUAAUACAGCUUUAUAUUAAAGUCACCUACAAAUGGAACACAGUGUCUCAGACAUGAUAGAUGCACAGUGAGUCCCACGAACAGUUACUUACGUCCUAAGAGGCAUCCUGCCAUUUUUCAUAAAACCUUAACCUGGGUUCUGGAAGUGUUGGAAUGCUUAUUUCCAGUCAGCAAGACAUAGGAAAUGGAAAACUCCCAAGUCUUGCGUGAAUCUAAAGAAAUAAUAGUAAUGUGGACUUCAAAAAGAUGCAGAGCAAGUGUAUAGAAUCUGUAUAUUCUACCUUUCUUAUCAAGUUCUCUUUAUGCAACCACAGGAUGUCCCCAAAGGCCAAAAUUUAGUAUCAGGGCUUCAUAUACCUGGGUAGAUCUCUUUACUGAAAUGUAAGUGAAAUAAGUACCUAAUAAAAAUUCAAAAUAAAAACAAAAAGAAGAAGAAGAAGAAGAAGAAGAAGAAGAAGAAGAAGAAGAAGAAGAAGAAGAAGAAGAAGAAGAAGAAGAAGAAAGGGCCAAGCUACCACACUUUCCUUUUCUAAACUCAAAUUGAAAGCAACAUUCUCAUCAUUCGUAUUCAUCUAAUGAUUUUCAGAAAUCAUUUAAAUACUACUCAGACAAGCUUUGUACUUUAACAUUUUUUAAAGUCAUUCGGGUAGUUGAGAAAAAUCACAGAUAGGUGUUUUUUGUGAUACCCCCAAUGAACAGAACAUAUAUGUCCCCAGGCCCCAGUCUACCUUGUGGGUCAAAUAAAACUGCUUCCAAAAAUAUUUGAUUUGUAACAGAAAUGCUAUAUUUCUUGUCAGUGAGGUUAGAUAGGAGACAAUGCCACACCCAUAUCAACAAAUGACAUGACUUCUGAUCUGGCCCACCCCUUCUGCCAUUGGAUAACUCUUCACUGGGAAGACUUCCAGCAACACAGCAGCACUCUGAAGGGCGUUUUUCUCUUGCUCUCAGUUUUGUGCUUUACCACCUUAUGAUCUUUUAUUUUUUUUUUUAUUUUUUGGUUGGUAGGAGAGCAACAGCAAAAACUGUGCAAGGAAUAGCAAACACAAGAGGCAUGGGCCAAGGGAUCUCACUGUGUGUUCGAUGUGUAUUUUCAGAUGCAAGAAAGGAAUGUUGGCGAAGAGGAAACGUGUGUUUUUUUAUUAUUGUAGGGUAAACCUGACGAUUCUGAACUUUGCGAAUUGUCAGCUUGUUUGGGGGAAGGGCGGGUGGGUAUGAGGGGUACUUUUUAUAAGUAAUAUUUAAUUUAUUAUUUAGAAGUGGCUUCUUUUUGGAUAAUUUAUGAUACAAAGGGAGAUACAGUUGGGAUCUAGGCAUGGCUGUUAAAGCUGAAGUGUUUUGUAUCUCAGAAGGACCGUUUUAGAAACGGACUGUCCAAUGCUGAGCCUGAGGGAAUGAACAUCCAGGCCAAGCAAAGCCUUCACUAAAAAUUCCACCAUCUCCACCUUCUCCCUAUCGAGGGUUUCAAAGAUGAUAACACCAAACCUAAAGUAACUCGGAUAGCAUUUUCCAAACCAGUGCUAUUCAUUCUUUCCAAGGGCUUUGCAACUCAAACUAUUAGUGUGAUAGUGAUGUGUUUAUUUGGUAGAAAUGGGUAUACUACAGCUUUAAUAGCCUUAGUGGAAAGAGAAACUUUUUGUUGUUACAAAACACUUUUUUUUUCAUAGAAAGGUGUUUUGAGCCUACAAAGAGUCUCUUGGAAUUGUCAGACUCUAGCAUUGUUAACCAAAUUAGAGUAGUGAUUGCAAUAUUUAAGUGUAAAUGUUGUUCUAUGAGAAAGGAAGCUUGCUUACAGUUUAAAACACGAUGACUGUUUCUACACACGAACUUGUAUACCACUACACAAGGAAAAGGGGGUUUUGUAAUCACUGUAGAACAGUCUCCUAUUCAUUUUUUAUAGAAAUGUUAUUCCAAUGGUGCAUUUUUUUGUUUAAUAAAUAAAGUUUUGAUAC